GAACAUUCACUGACUUAUCAGUUUCAGUCACAGUGCCUCUCACUCUCACCUUUCCCUUGUGUUCCCUUCUGUUUAUAUUUCUUUUGUCACUUCCAUAUCUCUUUAUAACUCCCUUACCCCUCGCUGAUUUUAUUUCUGCUGCUGAUCUAGCUUGCUAGCCCCUCACUUGGUUCUGUUUAUUCCCUGCUAGAUUGAUCUAGUUACUAGUACCUACCUACUUGCGGUCACUCUAACGAUCAGGAUGUCGCUCUGUAUUAAUCGCCUGACGGAAGAAAGAAAGCAGUGGCGACGGGAUCACCCUUUUGGAUUCUUUGCGAAACCCCAUCGAUCCCCCCAGGGUGUGUUGGAUUUGAAGCGCUGGGAAUGUGGUAUUCCCGGAAAGGCGCAGACCCUUUGGGAAGGAGGGCUUUUCAAGCUUGAUGUCACUUUUCCGGAUGAGUAUCCAACCAAGCCUCCAAAGUGCAAGUUCGUUCCUCCUCUGUUCCACCCGAACGUCUAUCCCUCGGGCACCGUCUGCCUGUCCAUCCUGAAUGAAGAAGAAGCCUGGAAACCAGCCAUCACUAUCAAACAGAUUCUGCUCGGCAUCCAGGACCUGCUUGAUGACCCCAAUCCGGAGUCACCCGCCCAGGCGGAAGCGUACAAUCUGUUCAAGAAGGAUCGUCCCGCGUACGAGAGACGAGUGAAACAAGUCGUGAAGGAGAAUCCGUCACUUUGAGUCUACCCUUUCUUUCUACGGAUGAUUGGAUUGCUUUCGGGUCUUUGCUCCUUCCUUUCUACGUGUAGUCUCUUCUCACCAUCUUUCACGAGGUUAUGGCGAAUACGAAUCAAUGCGGAUAUUGGGCGGAUGGUAAAUACCAAUGUGGGAGCAGAUGCACGUUCGAACGUUACCCAUCCUAUCCCACAUCUUACUAGUUUUUGGGACAUGAUGGAGAGCUGGAAGGGCGGUUUUUGUGUAGCGGUAGUAACUGUUACUAUAUUCGCGCGUUUCCUUUCUAUUUUACGACUAUGUUUUCCUAUUCUGUCCCUCCUUACAUUUUUCUCUAGCGAGCGUGGCGUCUUAGCAUUCCAAAAAUGGGUGGUUAUGGACGGAGUUUUAGAAUCGCUUCUUAUUUGCUUUCUUCUAUCGAUCCCGGUUCUUUGGAUCUACUUUGGUAUCGUAUGUUCACGGUGCAUUCGCGCAUCAUUAAGGGUCUUACUAGACGGAUGAUCUGACACUUCCGUACUUACUAUGUGGGGUACAGUAAUCCGUCAGUGAUCGUUCGGUAGGGAUUAUUGGUCUGCUCCGGACACAAAAAAAUUUCAUGUAUGUAAAAGGCGACAAUGUCCAUGUCGAAAACAUAGGUAAGAUGGUAUCAGUAUCUCCUGAAGAGCCCUAAGAGGGCGAAAAAAAAAGGAAUAGAGUCGUAGUCAUGGGAAUUGUCGAGAUGUCAUUGGAGGGCUUUCAUUCCUAGACCCAGAGCGGUU